GCUUUCUUUCAUCAUCUACCAAGGCAACGUAAUCCCAAACAGAAUUAAAAAAUUCUCUCUCAGUAAAGAUCUGUUUUAAAGUAGAGACUUCUGAGAAUUGGCAAGAUUAAAGAAUUGACACCCUCAUAUAUGAAUAUAACUGUAAUAAAUUGGUGCAAGUUUCAUACAGGAAGAGUGUUCUUUACACUACCAUUUACACAAACAAUUUGAAACAACCCAAAAGUGCAACAGUUGGGGAGGACAGCAGAGAGGACUGGGCGCCAUCCAGGAACCCAGCUGCCCAGGGCAGGGCUGCAGGGAGGGGGCUUGUGGGAGAAAGGCUCCUGCAGAAGCAAGGAGGGUGUGGGCUGUGGGAGCUACAGCACCAGAAACUUUAUCAAGACAGAGACUCAGGCACAGGGAGCAAGACAUCAUUUUGGAAUAAAAAGAGUCAUUUACCAAUUAACAUAUAGCCCCAGGUAAGUAUUUUUGUAUAUUGUUGAGAGUACAGCAUAGUUAUCAUUAACCUGCUAUUUGAAUCAGGAAGGCUUGGGUUCAAAUCCAGACACUGGCACCAGCAUGAAGUCUUGGGCUGACCCAUCUUUACCUGAGUUUCAGGAGCCUGCAUGUCAUAGACACUGAAUCAACAUGAGUUAUUACCAGUUAGUGACCCAGGUGUCCAGCCUCACACACUUUCCAGAGCAUUCCUUUCCAUGUUCCUUUCUAUGAGUUCUUCUGUCUCUGGUUUUAUUGCUCCUAUAACUUCACAGAUGGCUGUCUCCUGUCUGAUUGCCUUCUCCCCGUGCCCCAACAGGAGAGCAGGACUCUGACUCAGCUUGGAAGGAGCUGCAGGAGGGUGAAGCCACACCUCCUUCCAGCCUGACUUGGACGGGUGGGCCAAAGGGACAUCUCCGAGACCCUGCUGCUGCCAUCAUGAGCUCCACAGACCUCUUUUACUGCUCAGAGAGUGAAACUGUUUUUAAAGUUGUUGUUGAGCAUUCCCAGGUCACACAACAGAAACUGAAGGUCGUACUCCGAUAUACGAAGAAAUUUGUAGCUACCACCAGUUUACCCAGGGAGGAGGCAAAGGUACUACAUGAAUAUCUGAACAGCCUGAAAACAAACAUGAGUGGGAAGGACCCAUGCACACUCCAACAAGACCAGCUGGACAGAAAGACGUUUUUGGAGGAGUUUCCUGAGAUGAAACAGGACCUGGAGGAAGACACAGAAAAGAUCCGCGCUUUUGCAGACAAAGUUGACAAGGUGCACAAGGACUGCACGAUCUCCAAGGUGGUGGCCCACUCCACUGGCGCUGUGUCUGGCAUCCUCAGCAUCGUUGGCCUGGCUCUGGCACCUCUGACAAUGGGGGCCACUCUGCCUCUCUUGGCCACUGGGUUAGGGCUGGGCAUAGCAUCUACUGUGACCAGUGUGUCCACCAGCAUCGUGGAACAUGUAAACACAUCAUCAGCAGAAACCAAAACCAUUCAACUGCUGUCCCAUGACAGAAAGAAAUGGAAGGUAAUCGAAGAUAUACUCCUUAACAGGAAACUUCAAAUUAUUUCUGCAACGAGGUCAUUCAUCAGUGUCCUACAAACCAUUGAGAAGAAUUUCCAAUUAAUCAGGGUGAUAGAAGGCAGCCCUGCCUUAGCAGCCAAAGUCAAGUUCUUCAUAACCAAUGGGAAAACCUUCAUUCAUGGCAGCGUUCAGGUGCCAAAAACUUUUGGCGGCAUGGCUUCAACAAUGGCAAAAGGAGUCCGUAUCACUGGCAUAGUCAUGUCAUGUAUCGGCCUUGUGAUAGAUGUGGGCUUCCUGGUGAAAGAGUCAAUACAUUUACAUGAUGGAGCAAAGACAAAGUCAGCUGAAAAGCUGAGGCAGAGGGCCCAGGAGUUGGAAAGCAUAUUGGAGUUACUCACUGAGAUCCAUGAGAAUCCGGCAGGAGGGCUUGAUUCUCUCAACCCCAGAGGAUUGCAGGGACCAGGGACAUUUGCUGGUGUCUCAGAGGCAGAUUGUUAGAGGGGAAAAGGAGGGGAGAGAGCAUUGAUGGUGCUGGGUGUUAGGAAUUUGGCAUUUCUGGAGCUGAGCACAGCAAGGGAGAGAUGGAUGCAGGUGGCAGAUGAGGGCAAAGAAAGAGCCUGGAGCCCGGACUAAGGGAGGAGGGGGGCUAAAGAGUGAGGGCAGGGGAGAAACCACUUAUGUUGGACUAAAGCACACACUGGGGGUAGAAUAAAGGGAAAGGCAGGUGGAACUAGCUGUGGAAGCCCAGGAAUACGAAAGGGUUGAAAAUGAGAGAAAGUCAGAGUGAGGACUGUUGGGAUCCAGGAGAAGUAGCUGGGGCUCCUCUGUCGCCCUCCUCAGGGUGUGAUGUCCCAGCGAGAAGAGUCUCCCCCUGGUGGUGUUCUCCGGCCCUGUGUCUUCAGCAUCAGUUCACCUUCGAUCCCAGCAGGUUUUUAUUAAUUAGGCAGGGGCUUCAUUGUUUGAUUGUGUGUUUUUAUCGAAGUGUAGUUGACUUACAGUAUUGUGUGGGUUUCUGGUGUACAGCCAAAUGUAUUGACCACACAUGUAGCUGUGUGCUAACAGUAAAGCCUUGUUGUUUGUCUAUUUUAGGUAUGGUGGUGCGCAUCUGUUAAUCACAUAUCCCUAUUUACCCUUCCUCCCCUUUCCUCUUUUGUACCAUAACUUUGUUUUCUUUGUCUGUGAGGCUGUUUCUGAUUUGUAAUAAUUUCAUUUGUACUACUUUUCAGAUUCCACCUAUAAUUGAGAUCAUACAAUGUUUGUCUUUCUCUGACUGACUUACUUCAUUUACAAUAAUCUCUAUGUCAAUCCAAGGAGCUAAAAACAGCAUUGUUUUAUGCUUUUAUGGCUGGGCACUAUUCCAGUUAUUUCGCAUCUCUUUUCUUCUAUUGAUGGACACUUAGGGUGCUCCCAUGCUGUUAUAAAGAGUGCUGCUAUGAGCAUUGGCGUGCAUGUUGCUUUUUGAUUAGAGCUUCUGUCUUUUCCAGAAGUGCUGACUCAUACAGUAACUCUAUAUUUAGUUUCUUAAGGAAACUCCAUGCUUUUCCACGGGCUUCCCAGGUGACUCAGUGGUAAAGAAUCCGCCUGCCAAUUCAGGAGACGUGCGUUCGA